AUGUCUGAGAUAUGUGCUGUCAAUUCAUGCAAUCGUGUAUCACGUGCUUUAUGUCAUUGUUGUCAAGAAAAUGUUUGUAUAGUUCAUUUAAAUGAACAUAAUGAUAAACUCAACAGUCGAUUGAAUUCUUUUACAGAUAUUAUUAAUCGAUUAUAUAAUCGUAUUGAAACAAUAGAUAUUCGAAAAAUUGUUGAUAAUUAUCGUGAAAAACUCGAAGAAUGGCGUUUAGAUUCUCAUAAAAAGAUUGAUGAAUUUUUUCAACAAAAACAACAAGAACUUCAUGGUCUUAUUAUUGAUAAAAUUGAUGAAGACCGAGAAGAAUUUAAUUAUAUUCAAAGAAAACUUGUUAAACUUGUUCAUGAACAACAAGUUAAUUAUGAUGAUAUUUAUGAAUUAACAUUAAAUAUCGAUCAUCUUGAAAGACAAUUAAAUAAUAUUGAAGACAAAUUUAUUAAAAUAUCUACUCAUCCAUUAAUAUUAGAUAAUAAUUUGGUAAAUAUUAGAGGAAAUAAUGAAGAAACAUUUGAUCUAUCAAUUCUUUCACCUGUUUAUAAAACUAUCAAUCGUCCAAAUGGAAGUUACGCAGUUUUAGCGAAUAACGAUCGAAAUUUAUUAAUUCAUCAAGCACCUAAUCUGUGUCUUAUUAAUCAAGGUUUAUUAAUAUUCAAACGAAUUUCAUGGAAUCAUGAAGUUAUUUUAGAUAUGUGUUGGUCAAUAACAUUAAAUUGUUUUAUUUUAAUCACUCAAAAAAAUAUAUUCUUAUUAGAUGAAAAUACGAUGUCAAUUGAAAAAGUUAAAAUAAGUCAAAAACGAAAAUGGUUUUCAUGUACUUGUUCAGAUAAAUUUCUUUUUUUAACAACAAAUGAAUGGGGUUCAUCUAUUACAAAAAUAUGUCUGAAUUCUUCAAAGAAAUUUGAUAAACAAUGGCAAUCAAAUGAUAUAUGUAAAAAAGAUGAAUAUAUUGAUGUUCUUACAUAUAAUAAUGGUAAACUUGCUAUGAUAAUUAAAAAUAAUUUAACGAGUACGACACGUAUGGAAUUACGUUCGGCUGAAACAUUAAAUCGUAUUUGGUUAUUGCCACUUAAUGUUACAUGGAAUCCUAAUAAUCCAUAUCAUUGUUGUUCAUUUAUUGAUGACGAUUGGCUUAUAUCUGAUUAUGAACUUGGACGUUUGUUACAUAUUUCAAAAACAGGAAAAAUAAAUUCAAUAGUACCAUAUAAUACUAUUCCUUAUUGUGCUACUUUAUUUGGUACAAAUAUAUUGGCUGUAUCAACAAAAGAUGGUGUUAAUUUACAUAAUUUAAAUUAUAAGAAAACAUAUACGAUUUUUGUUCUUUAA